AGGUAGUUUUUCGCAGCGCAUGGAGCGGCGUACCGGGGAGCGCAGUGACUAGCACGGCGAUGUUGAGGGUUGAUUAAAAAAUUUACAAGAAGUUUUAAGACUGAGGAAUCUGAACUCUGGACGGCCAGCCUUUUUGACUCUUUUCACACCAGGAUCGUUUUAAAUAUUUAAGGGCUGUGUGUCUGUGUUUUUUGUUUUUUUUUUAGCUUCUGUCAGAAGCGGAGUUGAAGCAGUCAAUGCUUUUACACCAGUUCAUGAACAGCACACUCGAAGCUAUGCACCCAACAGGAAUCCAAAAAGACACUACUUUCACCAAGAUCUUCGUGGGUGGUUUACCCUACCACACAAACGACGCCUCGCUGAGAAAGUACUUCGAAGCGUACGGCGACAUCGACGAGGCGGUGGUGAUAACGGACAGACAGACGGGGAAAUCCAGAGGUUACGGCUUCGUGACUAUGACUGACAGGGUGGCAGCGGAACGAGCCUGUAAAGACCCAAACCCUAUCAUUGAUGGUCGGAAGGCCAAUGUCAACCUGGCCUACCUUGGGGCCAAGCCACGCAGCCUUCAGGCAGGGAUAUCUCUUGGUGUGCAGCCCAUCCACCCAACACUUAUUCAAAGACAAUAUGGACUGGUCCCGCAGUAUGUCUACCCCCAGGCCUUCAUCCAGCCCAGCCUUGUGCUCCCCUCUCAGGUGGCCUCCUCUGUUAGCUCUCCUUACCUGGACUACAGCGCAGCCUACGCCCAGUAUGCCUCAGCAGCCUUCGAGCACUACCCUUACGCCUCUUCUCCUGGCUUUGUGGGGUAUGGCUACACCGCUGCCACACCCACUGGGGGUCCCACAGCCCCUACCCCAGCCCAGACCCUGGCUAACGCAGCCACCGCCACCCCUGCCUUCAUCCAGUAUCCUCCACAGCAGCACCUGCAGCCUGAGCGGAUGCAGUGAGCGAUCGAGCCACGUUUGGACGUAACGCUCCACGUGGGCCCUGAGAAACCUGAGGAUAGACUAUUGCACUGUCAUGUCAGGAUUUUUUGCUCCAGCCUUGGAGCCCGGAAAACAGUGAAACUGUGCAGUGGCUUCAAAGGGCUUCCAGAAGCACUGAUGCCAUUAUUUC